GGACAGAAAUGGUAGCAGUGGCAGUGAUAGAUAUGUGGGUGUUGCAGUCUUGCUCGCCGUUCAAACGGGGAGCCCGAUGAACCUCAUCGUUUUAAAAAUUCAACCUACAAAUCUCUCUAAUCCCAUUAUACUUUCACAAUUUCUUUACAUUUCUAUUCUAUUAAUCCUAACCUUUUCAUUUAAAACAACAAUCCACUGUAUUUUUACAGGCGUUAACAAAUAUGUCUGUAGUCGAUGGAAACAGAGUUGUUGCUCUGUCCUUUUUACGGUGAAGUUCUUAAAUAAAUAAGGUUCCAAGGAAGGAAUCCCAUUAUCCCAAGAAGUAGAACACUUUACUUUAUUGAUUUGAUCCUACUUGUGUACAAGUAGAACUUUGGACGGAUUGUCCUGGCAAAGCAUAAGGCUCUCAGCAAUUCCCUCCACUACCCGCCAUUUCGACCAAUAUCCUUUUCUCUUUCUCUAGGCAUUGUGCUACUGUAAUGUAUGCAGGGAAGUAGAGUGAGGGAGGCGCCGGAGAUGGGGUUUCAGGACCAAACGGCGUCGUCCAGACCAGGCUUCAGAGCUCGCGAUUCCAGCCCUGAUUCUGUCAUUUACGCUCUCGAAUCGAGUUUCAGUCUCUUCUCUUCUGCUUCCGCUAGUGUGGAGCGCUGCUCUUUUGCAUCAGAGGCCCACGACCGCGAUUCCCUCAUCUCUGAAAUCUCACUUCAUUUGGCAGGGCAUGAUGAAGGAAACCACGAGAGUUGCGGUGGUCCAGAUCCAGAUCCAAACAAACCUGCACUAAGCAACAAGCACAGUCGUCUCUAUACUAAGGGAGAAAAAGCGAAAGCAAUUCAAAAAGAUGACAGCAAUGUUGAUUUAGAUGACGAAAAUAGAACCAUCGAUUCAGCGAGGAAUUCCUUUUCUCUUGCCCUGAAAGAGUGUCAAGAUCAUAGAUCCAGAUCUGAAGCUCAGUCCAGGAAGCUGGACAGAAGGAGACCUGCUUCAUUGGAUCUAAAUAACGCUACUACAGCUUCCUCACCUCGUUUGGCAACUGUCAAGAAGAACCCUAUAGUAUCAACACGUAAGACUGGAACAUUUCCGAGCCCUGGGACGCCGAAUUAUCGGCACAAUAGCUUCGGUAUGCAAAAGGGGUGGAGCUCAGAGAGAGUGCCAUUGCACAACAAUGGUGGUCGGAAACAUACUAAUAACCCUGCAUUGCUGACUCUCAACAGCGGCAGAACAUUGCCAUCAAAGUGGGAAGAUGCUGAAAGGUGGAUAUUUAGUCCCAUAUCUGGUGACGGGGUUGUGAGGAACUCAGUACCACUUCCUCAACGGCGACCGAAGUCAAAGAGUGGACCACUUGGCCCUCCUGGUAUUGCAUACUAUUCCCUAUAUUCGCCGGCAGUUCCAGCCUAUGAAGGAGGGACUUUUGGGAAUUUCAUUACAGGGUCACCAUUUUCAGCUGGAGUGAUAUCAACUAAUGGCUUGGGGAUUCAUUCCGGUGGGCAUGAAGGCGGCUUUCAUGGACAAACAGAGCCUUCCAUGGCACGCUCGCUUAGCGUUCAUGGGUGCUCUGAAAUGUUGGGUCAAUUGUCAUCAUCAACAGGCUUGCAAGAAGAGUCGGGGGAAAAUCUAACUACAGUCAAGGAUUCAGGGACGGAUGUUUCUCGUGUUGUUUCAAGAAGGGACAUGGCUACACAAAUGAGCCCAGAGAGUAGUGUGCAUUCAUCUCCCAAGACGAGGCCGUCGAUCUCUGCCUCCAGUUCAUCCGCUAUGCAUAUGUUUGAGCUGGGAGCUGUCACUUCUAAGUUGGAGAUCAGGGAUGUACAAGUUGAUAAUCAGGUUACUAUGACAAGAUGGUCCAAGAAACAUAAAGCUUCAUUUCCUUGGAAAGACUCUCUUGAUGACAAGAGGAAGAAAGAUGUGGAUGCGGUUUCUCGAUGUUCGGAUUUAGACAUUCCUAACAUAGGAAAAAGUAUUUCAAAGGUUAAGCGUGAGGAAGCCAAAAUAACUGCAUGGGAAAAUCUACAGAAAGCAAAAGCCGAUGCAGCUAUACGCAAACUAGAGAUGAAGCUGGAAAAGAAAAGAGCGACAUCGAUGGAUAAGAUCAUGAAUAAACUGAAAUCUGCUCAGAAGAGAGCCCAAGAAAUGAGGAGCUCAGUGAUGGCCAACCAGUCCCCCCAAGAUAACAGGACAUCUUCUAUCAAGUCUCUAUCUUUUUAUCGAACUCGUCAUAUGGGUUCCCUAAGUGGUUGUUUCACCUGCCAUGCUUUUUAGUACUCCAUUCAUUACCAAUUCCCAGAUUUUGCCAUUCAACCAGAUAGAGUUGAUAUUUACUGAUAAAUGGCGUUUGAGAAAUGGAACAACAUUGUAUAGAUCAAGAGAUGCUGCUGGUUUCAGUCGAAUGUAGCGUCGAUGCAGUUUUCUCGUGGCAUGGUUAGUUAUUGUACUAGAGACUCCAAAUGAGCUUGUAAAACAUUCAUAGCCAACUUCAUGGGAGCUGAAAUAUCAGAAACUUUCUGUAGCCAACUUCCAUGUAGCCGAGAGUUCGAAACUUCGAGAUUUCGUGCAAAGUUUGUAACUAAAGUAACCCUUUUCUCUAGUCUGUUUCAUUCUUAACAGGUUUUGUUUUCUAUUAAAUCAUAUUUUCCAAGGAUUGAUGUUAUAUGCAGAAAAAAUUUAUUGAAUACCUGCUGCCUAUGUACAUCUCACUUGUUGAAGGGACAUAGUGAUAGUGAACAAUUACGUAUUAGUUUGAUUUUCUGUUU